AUGAGAAUAAGAAGGGAAUUACAACUGAUAAUUUAUCUUAACAUAAUUGCAUUAGCAAUAUUAAUAUAUUGCACCUUCGGUAUACUACUAGUCGUAUUCGAUGAUUCCUCUCCGGAGAGUUUACAAAAUCAUGAAUUAAAUCCAUCAAUUUCAGAAUCUAUUGGGGUGAAUAUAGACUCUAAACCUAAGAUACCUAAGAUUAUACAUCAAGUUUAUAGGACAGAAAAUAUUCCCGAACAAUGGAAAGAAAAUCAACAAAAAUGCAUCUAUUUACAUCCAGAUUACGAAUAUAAAUUAUGGACAGAUGAAAAAGCUUAUGAAUUCAUUAAGGAAAAUUAUAGUUGGUUUUUAAAGACAUUUGAACAUUAUAAAUUUCCAAUGCAGAGAUUCAAUGCAAUCAAAUAUUUUGCCCUGUAUCAUUUUGGUGGUGUAUAUAUUGAUUUAGAUGAUUCGUGUCAUAGAAAAGUGGAUCCAUUAUUGAACUCAGUGGCAUUUGUGAGAAAGGCUACUCCAUUAGGUAUUUCGAAUGAUAUUAUGGGGGCUCGUAUUAAACAUCCAUUUUUUCUUAAAUUGAUUAAUUCUUUGCAACAUUACAAUAAGGAUUGGUAUAUCCCAUAUUUAACUAUCCUGGGUAGUACAGGUCCUUUAUUUGUCUCUAUUGUAUGGAAACGUUAUAAGAUAUGGAGAGGUGAUAUUAUGCAAAACGAUGUCGUUAGAAUUCUUAGACCCAAGGAUUAUUUAGUGCACAAGGAUGCUUAUUUUUCAAUUACUAAAGGUGCUACAUGGCAUGAAGAUGACGCAGUCUUCAAGAAAUCCUUAGGUAAUCAUAUAUUAUCUUGCAUCACUGUCGGGUUCAUCAUUGCAUUUGCUAUUCUAUAUGGUCAAUAUGUCAUCUAUUGUUGGUUAUGUUCCAAUGACGAUGUUUUUAGGAACUUUUAUAUGGGAAUAUGGAAGACUACUUGUAGCAUACUCAGUUGGGGUUAUAAAAGACUAACUCACAAUAGGUUUUUUCGUUGGACGUUAGGUGAUCCAAUGGUGAUAAUUAACUAUGGUUCAAAUGACAUUAAUAUGACGGAAAUUCCUGCUGUGAGUCCUAUUUUAUUAACUAAGACGCCAACUAAUACCGAUAGAGAAAAUUCAAAAUAUAUAUUUACACUACCUUGUGCCCAUCGUUCAGUUUCUGAUUUGGAAAAGAAUGGGACGGAUAAUAAUUCAAAUACCAAUGCAUCAUCUGGAUCGCAAUAA